AUGCUCUCCUGCAGACUCCUGCUUCUGCUGGGUCUCCUCCUGCUCUGCAAAGGUCAGGAGGAGAGUGGGGGGGGCGAGUCCUGCGAUAACUUCACAGACCUGAACCUGUCGCACUGCUUCAUGGGAACCGUCCUGUACGUGCGCUUGCUGCUCUACACCCGCUCCAACCUGGACUGCGGCCGCGAGCUGGACCACCACCACCCCUCCUCCCAGCCGCUAUUCAACGUCUCCCGCCCCACCGCCUUCGUCAUCCAUGGCUACAGGCCCACCGGAGCCCCCCCCAUCUGGAUCGACCACCUGGUGCAACUGCUAGCGGAGCAGGAGGACAUGAACGUCAUCGUGGUGGACUGGAACAAAGGAGCGGCAAACCUCAACUACUUCACCGCCGUCACAUACACCCGGGACGCAGCGCACAACCUGACAGGAUUCAUCGAGACCAUGCAGGAGGAAGGAGCGUCUCUGAGCUCUGUCCACCUGCUCGGCGUCAGUCUGGGAGCUCACCUGGCCGGAUUCGUAGGAGCAAACCUACAUGGGAAGAUCGGACGAAUCACAGGUCUGGAUCCGGCCGGUCCAAUGUUCACCAGCGCCAUACCAGAGGAGAGACUGGACCCGACAGAUGCCAUGUUUGUGGACGUGCUUCACACCGACAUGGAUUCGUUUGGACUGAGAGGAACUCACGGUCAUAUCGACUUCUACGCCAACGGUGGAGCAGACCAACCAGGGUGUCCCAAAACCAUAUUUUCAGGUAAAGCGUACUUUGUGUGUGACCACCAGCGCUCCAUGUUCCUCUUCCUGUGCGCUCUGAAUCGGACCUGCAGCCUCACCGGUUACCCCUGCUCGUCCUACAGCCACUUCCUGGAGGGCCGCUGCCUGCAGUGUGAGGCCUUCAAACCCGCACCCUGCCCCGUGCUCGGGUAUGAUAUGAGUCAGUGGAGAGACACGCUGCUGAAGCUGGGGCAGACCAGAGCCUUCUUCAGCACCACCAGCACGCUGCCCUACAGGAAGAUGAGCUACAGAGUGGACAUGGUGACCUGGAACCAGUACCUGCGCUGGGGUGUCGUCUACAUCCGUCUGCACAGCGGGAAAAACUUCACUGAGGCCCGGAUAGAUCAUAAGCAGCUCAGGUUCGAGCAGUACACUUCCUCACGGCUACUGGCCCAGUUCGAUGAGGAUCUGCAGCAGGUGCACAAGAUCUCGAUGAGAAUCAACACCGGGAACGUGAUCGGCCCCCGGUACAAAAUCAGACUUCUGAGGAUACGCUUCACACCGCUGGAGCGCCCAGAGAGGCCUCUAAUGUGCCGUUUCGACAUCAUCCUGGAGGAGAACAUGGAGGUGGCGUUCCGACCGUUACCCUGCGGCUCAGGCCUCUGACUCCCCCAACCACACACACUUUUUCUUCUUCUAUGGAAACACAUUUAACUCACCCACCAGACGUCCUCCUGGUGCUACAGGGUCUCCGGGCCCCAGGAGGACCUCCAGGGGUCCCACAGGAGGAGCUGCCGCCUCCUUACUGGAUAAUGAGGAGCCGAGGAACACUCAUGAAGCCUGCCUGUCUCUGCUGUCGCUGCUGAGGGGUUUCUAGAAAGCUAAUAUAAGUAUUAAUCUCAGAGGUUAGGAAACACACACGUUUUUUUGAUUAUCAGAAACACUUAAUGUUUAAAAGCUAAGUUAAAUAAGCUGGUGAUAUUGUAUUUGGAGCUAUAAGGUUCAUCUAUGUAUUUGUUUACAUGAAAAUUACACAAUAGGAAUUGUUGUUGGAAUUUGUCUCACAAAAAUGAUUUAUAAAAAUAUGUAUUCUACACUUUUGCUCAGUUUCAGUGCAGCUACAAAGACACAUCAAUACAGCUCAGUUUCAGUGCCUUCUAACCUAAGUUCUCAACUUAAAAGAAUCAAUCAAUGCCAAAAAUGUGCUGCUGCUAUGUUUGUCCACAGCUAAAUGUAGUUCUGUAUUAAUGUGUGAAGUUUAUUAUCUAAAAGGUAGCUAAGACAAGUUGUGAAUAUGGGCGACUUUAAGCUGUUCAAAUUGUUAAAGUGACUCAGUAAAUGUUUCAGCCUAUACAAAGACAAAUAACUCGUGAAAAAGUGUUGUAAACAUUAACUGUCUUUUUUAUUAUGUCUUU